AUGCCGCGCACGCAGCAGCUUAUUCUGGCGACAGGCGCCCUGUGGGCCACUGCGAACGCGGCUGGGAUUCGCACGCAUGGUGACGUCCCACUCACUACCUCUGCUACCCGCAGGCUGCAAACCUCGUUGCCUGACGGCGUUGUGACGUCCGAUCUGGGAUGCUGCAGGGAUGGCAGGAGCGACCGUGUACUCGAACAGGAGCUUAUGGAUCAGACCGACCUGACGCCGGAUACGUGCGCCCUACACUGUUACAGUGAAGGCUACCAGUUCUACGGUCUCCAGUACGGACAGGAAUGCUGGUGCGGAGUGGCGGGCACGGACUACGACAGGCUGGGCUCGCUCGAUAUGUCCGAGUGCGCCUAUCCUUGCACCGGCGACGCGAGCUCCACGUGCGGGGGAUACCUCGCCUUCCAAGCCUUUGAGCUUGGGUCCCAGAAUCAGCCUACCACGGCCCCGCCCACGGGGUACCUUGGCUGCUACGCGGAUGACAGGUCCAGGAUCUUUUCGGCCCUACACGUUACUCUCACCGACAACAAUGCGGAGAGCUGCAAGGCUUCCUGCGUCGGUUAUGCUUACUAUGGGCUACAGUAUGGCGAACAGUGCUUCUGUGGCACUGCGGACGAGGAUUACACCGUUUACGGCGAGUCCGAUAACUGCGUUCUCUCCUGCACCGGAGACGCUUCGUCCACCUGCGGUGGCUCUUGGGCCAUGGAUGUGUACGCCAUGGACGAUGAUUUGACGGACCCGCCUGCGACGGCCCCACCUACCACGGACCCGCCUGCCACGGCGGUAUCCUCGGGGUAUCUUGGCUGCUACGCGGAUACCCGGACCUCCAGGAUAUUCUCAGCCCCAAUCAUUGCUGAUGCCGAUAACAACAGUGCGGAGACCUGCAAGGCCACCUGCGUCGGAUACGCUUACUACGGGCUCCAGUACGCGCUACAGUGCUUCUGCGGCACUGCGGACGAGGAUUAUACCCUUCACGGCGAGUCCAACAACUGCCUUUACCCCUGCACUGGAGACGCUUCGUCCACGUGCGGUGGUGCUUGGGCCAUGGACGUGUACGUCAUGGGCGAUGAUGUGACGGCCCCUCCUGCGACGGCCCCGCCUACCACGGCCCCUCCUGUUGCUGUCGACGGAGACGUGCUCGUCGACUUGGUGCCCUGCCUGUUCUCUUCCGUGGCGGUCGAGAAAUCAAAUGAGAACAACCCGGCAUUGUACAUCAUGUCGCUGUUCUUCAAGGGAUACUGGUCUCCCAGGACGGAGGAGUAUGUCGUGUCUGAAACCGACGACCUCACGGCCCUUCUGGUGGACUCCAGCGACACCACGCCCCACGGAAAGUGCAACGCUGUGUACGUGGGCUACGCGCCGUCCACGGACCAGGUUGCCGCUCUCACGGCCUACUCGGCACAGUUUAAGGUCCGUCUGGUCUACUUCCCUUCCGCUCUCACCCACACCACCGCAGAGUUUACGACGAAACUCGGGAUCCAGACAUACUUCGCCGGCGACAUCGUGACUCCUGCGUUCGUGCAGCUCAGCGACCUGGGAAGCACCAAGGUGUCCAUUACGCAGCCUGGCUUCAAGACCGACCCGAACCUCUUCACCCCCGCCCUGUUCAGCUACCCGGUGAUCAUGAACGAGGUUCCUGAGACGGGGAUCGAGGUCCUCGCGCAAUAUGCCGAUAGUGCCGGCGAGCCUUACCUCUCCGGUGCCGCGGGUGACCAGGAAAACGCUGCGAUACUAAGCUACACCGGUGCUGACGGCCACGAGGAGCUGCACGUCUUCAACACUAUCGGCUGGUUUGACGCCGGCGCGUGGCCGUGGGCGCACUUCUACAACGAGUGGGCCACCAAGGGCAUCUUCAUGGGCGAGCGCCGCUUUUAUCUGGCAGCGGUUGUCGACGACCUCUUCCUCUCCACCCCGGAGUUCGAGUACGACGGAGACAUGAACGAAGCAGCGGUCGCCCAGCGAUGCACGGGGGAGGACCUGACCAACCUGCUCAGCGUGCAGCAAGCCCUCAACACCCAGUACUCGGGGUCGGACAUAAUCACCGAGUUUGCCUUCAACGGUGGCGGAAUCGCGGAGCAUGUGUCACAAGCGGUCGACGGCAUCACGUACGUCCCCGACUACGAGGAGACCAUGGUGACCAUCAAGGGCACCAAGUGGUACGAAGACGGUCAGAUCAACGUGCACGACACCAACUGGCUCGCCACCAACGUGCCUCUCAUGCAGCAAGACAUGGCCGACGGCACCUGGGAGGCCAACGACGAGCUUCUCGUGGCGGUGAUCAGCUACCUCGACACGCCUUCUACAAUCUACCACGGCCACCAUACCCUCAUCCACCUGUCCCGCGACCAGCUGCGCGAGACGGACUGUGUCGCCGACGACACCGCGGCGCAGAACCUCAUGGUGUGCUACCCUGGCGACAACACCUUCGACGGGACCGUGUCGGGCGCUACAAUUCUGGUCAACGAAGACAACCAGUUUCACUCGAUCUACUCGACGGUGGCCAACAACGGCUACGAUGGCAUCCAGAUCGUGCCCAGAUUCGCGACCUACGUGUACUUUAACUGCGUCACCGGCUCCUGCCUCGUGAACGAGAACGAGUACAUCAGGCGCUUCGUAUGCGAGUGCACCCCGCUCGACCCAAGCAUCGCCGAUUACAGUUGCGCGAGCACCGCGGACGAAUGCAUCGGCACCGAUGGCGCCACCGACAUCCAGUCCUUCGGUGACAUCGAGGCCCUCUUCGACGCCGAGGCCUCCACCACCACGCGCUACAUGCUGACCGGCCGCAGGGACAAGUACAUGUUCCACCAAGCCAACAUCAUCCCGGCAGGGGACGUCGGCGACGGAACGCAGUCCCUGCUCGACUACUGGUACGAGCGCGUCUUGGAGGUGUACUCCAGCUACAUCACCUUCCCGGUCAAGAACAUCAAAUUCGACGACCUGUGCACCGAAUUCAAGCUGCAUGAGGCUCUGGACGACUCGAGCCCGUACGUCACCAUGGCUCUCGACGCGACCGGGGCUGUCACUGGCUUCAACUACGUCUCGGGCAGCGGGGCCGGCCUCGUGCCGCUUACCGUCCCGACCGCUUCCGCCGCCUCGAUCCCGACGACCGGCCUCUCGAUCCAAGACUCGGAGACGUAUGGCACCGACACCACCUACUACCUCAAGGACGACGACGCCUCCACUAUCCCCAGGGUGGGCACAAAGCCUGACGCAAGCGCUACGCAGAGCCCGGCGGAGAUCGUGGCGAACGCGGAAGAGUUGGCGGAGAACCAGGAGGCGAAUGCCCUCGUGCCCGCGGAGCACAGCGAUCUCUUGGCCGACCAGGGCCUGGUCGACGCGGACGUCGCCGCAGACGUGGCGAUCACCGCAGCGGAGGAAGAAGGCCUCCUCUAA